AAAGCCCUUGGACGUGGAGGGCAUAUAGCGAUGGCGUCGCUGUGCGCUAGUUCAGGUUUGGGGCAGCCAUGGCCAGUGCGUCGUGGUUUGUGCAGCAUUGGAAUGCAAGGGUUUUGCCACUUCCAAGCGAAGGAUUGGAUCGUCGAGGAGGGGUUUUGUGGUGAAUUGCGCGCUUGCUUUGGACAAGAAAAGCUAUGGCGCCAUGGCUGUGCAAGGCACAGGGCGAGCCAAUAUGGAAGAUACUGUCAGCGUUUCAAUCGAUUCUACGGGAUCACAGCCUUCUUUUUUUGGUGUUUUUGACGGGCAUGGAGGAAUUGCAGUGGCAGAGUUGCUAAAGACGAGACUAUGGCCCGAGUACAAGAAAAAGCUCUCUCAAGGAGGUGGAAACUUCGCAAAGGCCACCAAAAGCGCCUACUUAGAAGUUGACGAGAUGACGCUAGCUCAACCAAAAGGACUUUUCGGAGCACUGCAAGAGCGAGGCGUUGGUGGAUCGCGCUGUGGAGCCACCGCUGCUACAGCAGUGUUGAUGCCUCCCAAAGAUGGCACGCGGGUCUUGGUUGCUGCAAAUGUUGGAGAUGCUCGAGUUGUGAUCUCAAAAGGCGGUAAAGCUCUCCAGCUUACAGUCGAUCACAAGCCAGAAGUGGAAUCGGAGAGAAAACGAAUCGAGGCCAAGAAUCCAACGCCAAAAAAGCCUCUGGUUGUAAACGUGGGAGGGACAUGGAGAAUUGGUGGCUUGCUCUCGCUUUCUCGUGCAUUUGGCGAUGCUUUUUUAAAGGACUGGUCUGAUGGGAAGCCUGAUGGUGCUGGAGGUGGCUUUGGCUUGACUGCUGAACCAGAUGUCACAAUUCAAGAAAUCUCUCCCGAUGACAAGGUAGUCAUUGUGGGAACCGAUGGCUUGUGGGAAACAAUGGCGAUUCAAGACGCUGUCGACAUUUGCUUGUCUGCCCAGGAAAAUGAUACCUCUCCUGGGGAUGUCGCUAAGAAACUAGUAAAGAUUUCGCAAGAGCGUGGAUCAACCGACGACAUUGCAGUGAUUGUAAUCUUCCCUUAAAUACAAAACAUAGUGAUUCCUGAACU